ACCUUUUAAUGGUGGAUUUCAACAAAUAUAUUUCUUUAACUUAAAAAUUGUUUUAACCUUUUUACCAAUUGAUCGGAACAGAUUUAUAUUCACAUGGAUGUGCACGCAGGAGGGAAGCCAUACAAUCAUGUAUGUAAAGUCUGUGGGGCAAAGUUUUCACGGAAACCUGAUUUAAAGCGUCACAUGAAAAUACAUACAGGAGAGAAGCCAUACAAGUGUGAGAUAUGUGAUGCUGAUUUCUCUCAGAAUGGUGAUUUAACGAAACAUAUAAGAAUGCAUACAGGAGAGAAGCCAUACAAGUGUGAGAUAUGUGAUGCUGCUUUCUCGAGAAAAGAUAAUUUACAAAAACAUAUAAGAAUACACACAGGAGAAAAGCCAUAUAAUUGUGAGUUAUGUGAUGCUACUUUCGCUACUAAAAGUAAUUUAGCAUACCAUGUAAGAAAACACACAGGAGAGAAGCCAUACAAGUGUGAGAUAUGUGAUGCUGCUUUCUCUCAGAAAGGUGAUUUAAAGAAACAUAUAAGAAUGCAUACAGGAGAGAAGCCAUACAAGUGUGAGAUAUGUGAUGCUGCUUUCUCUCGGAAAUAUCAUUUACAAAAACAUAUUCAAAUACACACAGGAGAAAAGCCAUACAAUUGUGAGGUGUGUGAUGCCGAUUUCUCUCAAAAAGGUGAUUUAAAGAAACAUAUAAGAAUGCACACGGGAGAGAAGCCAUACAAGUGUGAGAUAUGUGACGCUCGUUUCGCUCGGACGGAUUAUUUACAGCUACAUUUAGGAAAACACUCAGGAGAGAAGCCAUACAAGUGUGAGAUAUGUGAUGCUGCCUUUCCUCUGAAAAAUGGAUUACAGAAACAUAUAAGAAAACAUACAGGCGAGAAGCCAUACACGUGUCAGAUAUGUUAUGCUGCUUUCUCGCAGGAUUGUAAUCUACGGACACAUAUGAAAAUACACACAGGAGAGAGGCCUUACAAGUGCGGACUAUGUGAUUCUGCUUUUUCGCAGAACCAUCAUUUAAAAAUACAUUUACGAAUACAUACAGGAGAGAAGCCAUACCAAUGUGAGACAUGUGAUGCUGCUUUCUCUCAGAAUAGUUCUUUACAGCGGCAUAUAAGAAUACACACCAUAUAAGACCAAUAAGUGAGAGGCAGGGGAUGCCGAUUUCUGUCAGAUAAAUUAUCUACAGAAGCAUAUGAGUGUACAACACAAAGGAGAGAAGUCAUACAAAUGUUUGAGUUCCAUUCUACUGCUGUUAGCGUUUAAAAGAAAAGUCAUACAAUUGUAUGUAUGGGGUGCUGAUUUCCAUCAUUAUAGUUUUUUACAGGUACAAAUGAGAAAAUAAAAGUGAGGGAAGCCAUUAACGUGUGUGAUAUGUGAAGCUGCUUUCUCUUAAACAAUACAAUAUUAAACAAAUAAACGAAUAAACACAGGGUAUAAACACACUUUAGUUAUGUGAUGCUGCUUUCUUUUGAAAAGACAUUUACAAGCACAUAGUCAUACAAUAAUUCAUACAUUACAAGAGGUAAACCAUACAAGUAUAAGAUAUUAGUUUUUGCUUUACCCCCGAAAAGUCAUUUAGAACACAUGCACAAAUGUAGAAGAAUAUACACAUACGAAAAGCCAAACAAGUGUGGGACAGGCGAUGCUGCUUUCUCUCAAAAUAUGCAAACAAGUGAAGAUGCUUUCUCUCUGGAAAGUGUUGUAAAAUGCACACAGAAGAGAAGCCGUAUAUUUGCUGCUGUCGCUGGUCAGUCUGUAUCUGUUCGAAUAUAUUUCUUAUAAGUGUAGGAUUCAUUGUGUUGUGUUCUUCAAAAUGAGUGUUUGCAGGUAUGACAAUCCGCACAGGGGAUAAGCCAUACAAAUAUAACACGUGCGAUGUUGCCAAAUCCCUGAAAGAAUCAUCGACACAUAUUUAUAAGACUACAUGUAAACACAUGAGAGAAGCCAUACAGGUUUGAGCUAUUAGGAUUUACUUUAUAUUUAGUGAUCUUUGUAAAAACUUCACCUGAGAAACAGAGAAGAGAACAUGGCAUAUUGCUUUCUCAUAAAAACAGUCGAAUAAGAAGCUUUAUUCUUGUGAGAAGUUUGGUGAAUAUUUGAAAUGUCAGAUUCUAUAGAUACAGUUGUACAUACUUCUAAUAUACAAAUAUACUUGUUAAUAGUUAACAUGAUUGCUAUUUGUAUACCUAAAUGUUUUAUGUUAAUUUGAUUACGGAUCAUGCUGAUGUGGCCUAUUUCAAACUUAUAUUGUGCCCCCCUGGAUCUGCUAGUAAUUAAUACGAAAUAAAACACAACAAGUACAAAUGUGUCAGUUUAUCAAUACUUGUUCUUGCAAUAGUGUAUGAGUCACAAACGACAGAAUAAGUAUUUGCUGCGUUUUAAUGUAUAUAUUUUCCAGUAUAAAGUGUACACAUUGAGUAUUGCCAAUUGAUUCAAGUGUAAUUGUGUAACAAAGUGUAUAUUUAAGGCUGCUUAAAGUGCUAUCCGAGCUCAUUACGAUCUGGUUCCGACUUGGAUUAUAACAUAGCUUAAA